CGAGUCAGAUCAAAAGCCGUCACUCCGACUUCACACGAACAUUGUGCUAUGCCUGAACAUCAAGGUAAACCAGUCAACCCUCUCAAUCCUACAGGUCUCAAGCCCUGCUGUGCAUGCCCAGAGACAAAAUCCGCAAGGGACGAUUGUUUCCUUAAACACCCACCUGAGGUCGCAGCUCUCAAAUGUGAAGAUUACGUUUCAGCCCAUAAAGCCUGCAUGAGAUCUCUAGGUUUCAAUGUCUAG